AUGAAUAUCGCGCAUUCAUUACCAUCUACCGUUACUGGUGUAUCAUUCUCCUUCCUCACUUCGGAUGACAUUCGAAGGAUCUCUGUCAAGCAAAUAGUCAACCCCGUUCUCCUUGACGACUUGAACAGGCCAAAUAUUGGAGGUCUGUAUGAUCCUGCUCUUGGGCCGAGCGACCGUUCAGACAUCUGUGCGACAUGUCAUCUCACGUACUUUACAUGCCCUGGACACUACGGGCACAUAGAACUACCCGCUCCUGUAUUCCACCCACUGUUUAUGGGAAAUAUGUUCAAUCUCUUACGAGGGACUUGUAUGUUUUGCCAUAGAUUCAAAAUGAGCCGUACUGCUCUUUGGAAAUUUUUGGCUAAACUUCGAUUGUUAGAACGCGGAUUACUUGAGGCAGCUCAUGGCGUUGACGAUAUUAGACUAAGAGUCAAACAAAAGAAAAUGAAAACUUCCAAGGGCGAUGAAGGAGAGGAUGCGAUCGACGACGACAAGGACUCCGACGUUCCAGAUGAAGCGCCCCAUGAAUUUAUGGCUAGACUUAACCUUUAUGUCGCUAUUCACCUUGCCCGAUCGCCGACGAGUACUCGUGAUUGUUAUAAAGAUGGUCUGAUAUACCAGACACGAAAAGAUUUGAUCAACGAGUUUUUGAAGGCGUGUAUUUCAAAAAAAUGCCAAAACGAGGAUUGUGGAUGUGUGGCUUAUACAUAUCGCAAAGAAGGUCACAUUAAAGUCAUUGAAUACGAUCUCUCCGCCCGUCAAAAGGCUCAGCUGUCUCGGAAGCGGCCUGAUGUUCUCCUAGCAGAAAAGUCAGACACCCUCGCUUCUCGACAUCCCCGGGAACAUGUCAUCAACGAGGAUGCUGAAAUGAGAUCAAGCGAUGACGAAGAUGACGAAGACACGGACGAUGAGCUUGCGGGGGAAGAUGUUAUGAGUGAAGCAGAUAAAGGGCAGGAGGCCAGUCUCCCUAGAGCUGCCAAUGGAAAAGUCAAGACACUCAGAGGGCGCAAUGAACGCGUAGUUGCCCCUGAGGAAUGUCGCGCUCAUUUGCGACGAUUAUUCAAAAACGAAGCUGUCAUGUGCGCGUUGUUAUUUGGAAGACAUGGCCCCUUUGCCCCACUUUCUGCCGACCAACUCUCAUUUGCAUCUGCCGAUAUGUUUUUCAUGGAUGUUCUCCCGGUGUCGCCAACACGUUUCCGACCUCCUGCAAAAAUGGGCGAAACUUUAUUCGAGCAUCCUCAAAAUGAAUUGCUUUCAAGAGUUCUGCAAACUUCCUAUCGUAUGCGAGAUAUCACUAUCAGUCUUCGUGAAGCCUCACAGAAAGGUCCUGAUUACGAUGCGUCUGCAAGAAAAGCUGUUAUGGGUGCCUUGCUAGAAAGAUUGGUUCAGCUCCAAAUUGAUGUAAAUAGCUUUAUGGAUAGUAGUAAAAAUCCUCAAAUCGUUCGGCAAGGCAAGCUGCCUCCUGCGGGUGUCAAGCAAGGUUUGGAAAAAAAGGAGGGGUUGUUUAGGAAGCACAUGAUGGGUAAACGGGUCAACUAUGCUGCACGAUCAGUCAUCUCUCCCGACGUCAAUAUUGAACCCAAUGAAAUCGGUAUUCCCCCAGUUUUCGCAAGGAAACUCACAUUCCCCGAACCUGUUACUCCAUCUAAUUUCCAUGAAAUGAGGCAACUUGUAAUAACGGGUCCUCAUGGUUAUCCUGGAGCUGCGAUUGUGGAAUAUGAGGAUGGACAUCAGCAGUCUCUGGACAAACUAUCCGUUGAACAACGCACAGCCAUCGCAAAUCAAUUGCUUACGCCCCAAGAAGGGGAGAGGGUCACUACUGGACGUCAUGGGUUAUAUACUAGGACUAUUGCCGUUAACAAAAAGGUGUAUCGACACCUUCGUGAUGGAGAUAUUCUCAUUUUGAAUCGUCAACCCACAUUGCACAAGCCAAGUAUGAUGACCCAUAAGGCCCGUGUGUUAAAAGGAGAGAAGACCAUUCGCAUGCACUAUGCUAACUGCAAUUCUUACAAUGCCGACUUCGAUGGUGAUGAAAUGAAUAUCCAUUUCCCUCAAAACCAUGUUGCGCGUGCGGAAGCGAUGAUGAUCGCAAACACAGAUAAUCAAUAUCUUGUACCAACCUCUGGAAAUCCAAUUCGUGGCCUCAUUCAAGAUCACGUUGUUGCUGGUGUUUGGAUGACUAGUCAAAAUAGCUUUUUCAACCGAGAAGAAUAUCACCAAUUGCUUUAUGGCGCGCUUCGACCUGAAGAUGAAGUUGACCCAGGAACUCGACUACUAACUCUCCCUCCCGCCAUAUGGAAACCUAAACCUCUCUGGACAGGGAAACAGAUCAUUUCUACAGUGAUGAAGAAUUUGACACCCAGGCAAUUUGACGGGCUUAAUUUGAAUGCGAAGACCAAAGUUCCGGGGAAAUUAUGGGGCCAAGAUUCCAAAGAGGACAGGGUCGUGUUCUUGGACGGCGAAUUACUAUGUGGUGUCCUCGAUAAAGCGGCGUUCGGCGCUUCCGAUUAUGGUCUUGUUCAUUCGGUUUACGAGCUAUAUGGAUCUGAUAUCGCAGGGAAACUUCUCGGAGUGCUCAGCCGACUCUUCACGAAGUUCCUUCAACAUCGCGCAUUUACAUGCAGGAUGGAUGAUCUUAUGCUGACUCCAACUGGAGACGAACGACGUAACGAACUACUGGCAAAGGGGAAGAAUUUGGGCCCAGAGGGUGCUAUUGAGAAUUUCCCCUCACUUAGCACAACACCCAUGGCAGACAUACCUGCAACGCUCCGGUCGCUGCUAGAAGACGUUCUCAGAGACGACACAAAGAUGGCUGGUUUAGAUAUGACCGUCAAGACCAAGCUUUCUAAACUUACCUCUUCAAUCUCUGAUGCUUGCUUACCUGAUGGCCUCCUCCGCCAAUUCCCUUAUAACCACAUGCAAACCAUGACUUUAUCCGGUGCUAAAGGUUCUGCCGUCAAUGUUCGUCAAAUAUCUUGUGCGCUGGGCCAACAGGAAUUGGAAGGCCGUCGUGUUCCGGUGAUGGUCAGCGGUAAAACACUUCCUUCAUUCCGCCCCUUUGAAACAAAGGCUAUCGCUGGUGGUUACGUCGCCAGUCGUUUCUUGACUGGCAUCAAGCCCCAGGAAUUCUAUUUUCAUUGUAUGGCUGGGCGAGAAGGCCUCAUUGAUACUGCUGUCAAGACAUCUAGGUCUGGAUAUCUGCAAAGAUGUCUGAUCAAACAUCUGGAAGGCAUCCGGGUUCAUUACGAUAAUACUGUUCGAGGAAGCGACAACUCCAUCUAUCAAUUUGCAUACGGAGGUGAUGCUCUCGACGUUACCAAGCAGAAACACCUAUACCAAUUCGACUUCAUCGUGCAAAACAAUAAAUCCUUCGCUCGUCGCUUAAAACCUUAUGUGUUGUCUGAUGUUGUUGAUCUCAAGACAGCAGUAUCGUAUAUGAAAAAAGUUUUGAAGAAGUCCAACGACGCACGUCCUAAUCGGAAGACAACUAAGAGAGAUCAAUAUGAUCCCGCCCUAUCUUUGUUUAAUCCAGUCCAAUACUUGGGGAGUACAUCAGAGGAGUUCGCGAGUGCAGUUGAUGAAUACGUCAAAUCCAAUCCAAGCAAGUUAUUGGAAGACCCUGAUUCAACACCCUUUUACAAAUGUCGGAAAGAACCAAUGCUUCCACGGAACUUUAGAACUUUGAUGAAUGCAAAGUAUAUGAGAAGUCUAGUGGAACCUGGUGAAGCCGUUGGUCUUCUUGCUUCCCAAGGUGUUGGCGAGCCUUCAACUCAGAUGACCCUCAACACCUUCCAUUUUGCUGGCCACGGUGCUGCCAAUGUUACAUUGGGUAUUCCUCGUCUUCGAGAAAUUGUCAUGACUGCCUCUCAGAAACCAAAAACACCUUCAAUGUCCAUGAAAGUCCGUCCUGGCACCUCGUCAGAAGACAUCAGCCUGUUCUGCAAAAGAGCAAGUCGGGUCACCCUAUCUCAGGUGGUUGACAGUGUGACUGUUCAAGAACAGUUGCGAACUGAAGGGGACGCUCGCCGCACUCAGUUUACCGUUGAUCUGAAUUUCUACCCUAAGCACGAAUAUCAAGAAGAGUACGACAUCGAACCGGAGGAAAUCCUUGCUGCGCUUGGUGUCAAAUUCCCUCUCACUCUGAAAAAAGAGAUGCUUUCCGAAAUGAAGAAGCUAGAUGCAGAUCUCAAAAGCCAAAUGGCUCAACUGGGCCAAGGCAAAAAGGUCAAAUCUAAAGAGGCCGACACAGGGAAUGACGAUGAGGAAGAAGUUGCUCCAAGGAAAAGGAAAGACAAUGACGAAGGCAGUGAAGUGGGUGAUGGCGAUGCAGAUGACGCCAAACACAGUAGGCAGAGGAAGCAACAAGCGACAUAUGAGAGUGACGACGAAGAGGAUGAAGAAGAAAUCGGUGCUUACGAUGAUGCUGCUAUUGAGGCGGAAUAUGCAAGCGGAUCCGAGAGUGCUGAUCAAUUACCAAAGAAAUCGAAGUCAUCUUUUAAAGACCUUGUUAGUCGUGCCUCCGACCUCUUCCAACGCCAUAUGCAACACUGUAUAUCUUUUGAUUUUGAGGAAUCGAAGUGUUCCUUCAAACUCGAAUUUCCUCCGGACAUGCCCAAAUUGCUUUUCGUCGGUAUUGUAGAACGUGCUUGCCGGUCCACAAUUAUCCGCCAAAUUCCAGGAAUUACCGACUGUUUCCAAGUCAAACAGGAUAAUCAAAAGGGCGGGGAACCAGAAAUUAAGCUUACGACCAACGGUUCAAAUCUCCAAGGGAUAUGGGAUUUCGCCUGCAGCUCCGAAGAAAGCAUAUUAGAAGACGAUGAGAUAUACUCGAACGACAUUUAUGCCAUUCUCAAAACAUACGGCGUCGAGAUGGCUCGCGCCGCUAUUUUAAAAGAAAUGAAAGGAAUUUUUGCGGUUUACAGCAUCGACGUCAAUAAACGCCAUCUUGAACUCAUCGCUGAUUACAUGACUUUCGAUGGCGGGUAUAAACCAUUUAAUCGCAAGGGAAUCUCCACCAACCCAUCUCCAUUAUUAAAAGCAUCGUAUGAGACCACGGCAGCAUUCCUGUCCGACGCCACUCUGUAUGGCGAUUUCGACGACUUGACAACGCCCUCUGGUAAUAUCGUUCUUGGGAGGCCAAACGCGACUGGAACAGGGGUGUUCGAUAUAGUAAUACCAACCGUCCCUUUGACGAAGUAG